CCAUCCUCCGGUUGCGCCAUGGAGAACUCCACCACGCAGGGCGCCGGUGCUCCAAACGCCGGCUCUCUGAAACUUGCGGCGACCGACGGUUUGAAGCGACUGCUGGAUAAUUUUGUAGGGGUCUUCGCCACAGCAGGAUUACGCGUAUGGGGCGAUCCCGUAUUUCCAGAGAGCGACGCGGCCAGGAGCGGUGUUGGAGCCGGGUUUAUGGCCGCUGCGCCGUCAGAGACCUCUCACCUGAUGCCUGCCUUCUGGGAUUCCCCGCUGAGCCACGGAAUCAACGUUUUUGUGGGGCUCAUCCUUUGCUUCACGAUGCUGGGGCUGGGCUGCACGGUCGAUGUGAGCCAGCUCGGGCAACACAUCCGGAGACCCAUCGGGGUGCUGCUGGCCCUCGUGUGCCAGUUUGUCAUCAUGCCCCUGGUCGCCUUUCUCUUGGCUUUGGCUUUCUCCCUUGACGAUGUGGCGGCCAUGGCUGUUCUGCUGUGUGGCUGCUGUCCGGGGGGGAACUUGUCCAAUAUCAUGUCCCUGCUGGUGCACGGAGAGAUGAACCUCAGCAUCAUCAUGACCAUAUCAUCCACGCUGCUCGCGCUGGUGCUCAUGCCGCUGUGUCUGUGGAUCUACAGCCGCGCGUGGAUCAACACCCCCGUAGUGAACCUUAUGCCCUUCGGGGCCAUCAUCCUGACACUGUGCAGCACUCUAAUCCCAAUCGGCUUGGGGGUUGCCCUGAGGUAUCGCUACACGCGGGUAGCCGACAUCGUGUUAAAGGUGUCCCUUUGGUCUCUCCUCAUCACCCUUGUACUGCUGUUCAUCUUGACCGGGGCUUUGCUUGGGCCAGACCUGCUGUCUACUAUCCCUCCAUCUGUCUACGUGGUGGCCGUGCUGAUGCCCUUGUGUGGCUAUGCGGCAGGCUAUGGCCUGGCCAUGCUCUUUGACCUGCCGCCCAACUGCCGCAGGUCCGUCUCCCUGGAGACAGGAUGUCAGAACGUGCAGCUUUGCACAGCCAUCCUGAAGCUGGCGUUCCCCCCUCAGCUGAUGGGAGGCAUGUACAUAUUCCCCCUGCUCUAUGCCUUGUUCCAGGCAGCCGAGGCGGGCAUCUUCAUCCUGGCGUACAGGCUGUACCGAAAGGAAGUUUUACACAAACAACAUCCCAUGGGGUCAGGCGACGACACGGACGUAACGUACCAAAGAUUUCAAGAUGAGGAUUUUGGUUUUGACUCGUCUUACGGCGCAGUGACAGUGAGCGACCCAAACACCAUCAUGUUGGAUCCUUGUCCUCCAGACUCAACCCCUGUUUAA